AUGGCUCCAUAUGAAGCCUUGUAUGGGAAGAAGUGUAGGUCUCCGCUCUAUUGGGACGAAGUAGGAGAAAGAAAGGUACUUGGACCUGAAGCAGUAGAAGAAAUGAUUUCUACCGUGCGACAGAUUCGUCAGAGAAUCAAUGAGGCCAGAAGAACAGAGAUUCAUUUCGAUGUGGGAAAUAAUGUUUUUCUGAAAGUUUCCCCAUCUCGAGGAGUGCAUCGAUACGGAGUGAAAGGAAAGCUCAAACCGAGAUACAUAGGACCGUAUGAUAUACUAGAGAAAGUAGGCCCCGUUGCUUACAGACUUGCGUUGCCACCACACUUCGCAAACGUCCACGACGUUUUUCAUGUAUCUCAACUGAGGAAGUACGUGUUCGAUCCAAAACACGUCAUUCACCUAGAAGAAGUAUCCCUAGAACCGGACUUGAGCUAUGAGGAGAGGCCAGAAGUUAUUCUGGAUAGGAAGAUACAGCAGUUGCGAAACAAAUCAAUUGCUUUGGUGAAAAUCCAAUGGAGACACCAUGGCCAAGAAGAAGCAACCUGGGAACUUGAGCAGAAGAUGAAGGAGAGGUACCCCGAGCUUUUUCCCGAAGUUUGUAGCCGAGCUCUGGCGUAG